AGUGAGAGGAUUGUCAUUGUGUAAUAAAUCCAAAAAAGAAAAGAAAAUGUCUUCUUCUUCUGCACUCACUAUCCUCUCAAACUGCACAGUUUUCCCUGACCAAAAAUCCACCAUGGGAGAUCUCAAGCUCUCUAUCUCAGACCUUAACAUGCUCUUAAGCCACUACAUCCAAAAGGGUUGUCUCUUCACCACCCCACUAAUCUCCUCCGACACUCUCAUCACUCACCUCAUCAAUUCCCUCUCUAGCACCCUCUCCCUCUUCCCCCCACUCGCCGGCCGGUUUAUUACCGACGCCGACGGUUACGUCUUCGUCUCAUGCAACGACGCCGGAGCGGACUUCAUCCACGCCUCCGCCGUUGAUCUCACCGUCGCCGACCUCCUCUCCCCAAUUGAUGUCCCUCAGCACCUCUUCAAGCAACUCUUCCCCUUCCACCGCAAAAUCAGCCACUCCGCCCAUUCCUCCCCCGUCAUGGCAAUCCAGGUUACCGACCUCGCCGACGGAAUCUUCAUUGGUUGUGCCGUCAGCCACGCCGUCGUCGACGGCACCUCCUUGUGGAAUUUCUUCAACACGUUCGCCGAUGUUUCCCGGGGAGUCACCCGCGCCUCCAAUAUCCCGGACUUCCGCCGCGAAUCCAUGCUAAUCUCCAAGGUUCCCCUCCGGCUGCCGGAAGGUGAACUCACGGUGACGUUCAACGCCGACGAGCCACUCCGGGAGAGGAUCUUCAGCUUUAGCCGCCAAGCCAUUCAGAACCUAAAGGCCGAAGUGAACAACCGCGAAUCGUCGAGGGAAGCCGUUGAGUUGUCGGGGAAGCUGAGCAACGACGCGCAACAUAAAACGGUUACGAGCAAGGAAGCAAUUUCGAGAAACGUAACCUUCGAAACGACAGAGAUUUCGUCAUUUCAAUCGUUAUGCGCGCUGACGUGGAAGUGCGUGACGCGAGCGAGGUGUUUGGAGGGGUCGAAAACGACGACGUUUAGAAUGGCGGUGAACAUUAGGCACCGUUUGGAUCCAAAGUUGAGUGAUCGUUACUUCGGAAACGCGAUUCAGAGCGUUGCCACGUGUUCUUCCGCGUGUGAGGUGGAGAGUAGGGAUCUAAGGUGGAUUGCGGAGCAGCUGAACAAAAGCGUGAAGGCGUAUGAUAGCGCUGUGGUGCGCCGCGCUGUGGAAAAUUGGGAGCGUGAGCCGAAGUGCUUUGAGCUCGGGAAUCACGAUGGUGCGACUGUGCAAAUGGGAAGCUCGCCGAGGUUUCCGAUGUAUGAUAAUGAUUUUGGGUGGGGGAGGCCCUUGGCUGUUCGGAGCGGCGGAGCAAAUAAGUUUGACGGGAAGAUAUCAGCGUUUCCGGGGAAGGAUGGUGGCGGCGCUGUGGAUUUGGAGAUGGUUUUGGCGCCACAAACAAUGGCACGACUCGAGUGUGAUCCCGAGUUCAUGCUUUACGUGUCUUCUUAUCCACGACACGUAUUAGAAUCGUAAUCAGUAAUGAUAUGUGAUCACACCUCAGUUUUUAUAACUUCAUUUCCACCUAUUUUUAUUUUCAUCUCUCUCAUCUUAUCAUCUAUCAAUAUCACAUCUCAUAUUUUAUUA